AAUGUGAAAAAUUCAGGGUGGAAAGCCAAGAUUUUUAUGGUAUCAAAUACGUUUUUCACUUGAUAAACUAUUCUGUUAUUAAGCUCAUUUCCAAUUCAAUAAUGGAAAAUGAUGCAUGUAAACCCUUAUGUAAAUCGAAUCAAGGAAAACCUCAUUUGAUCAAAGCUGCGAUUUAUUGAAUUCACGGUGUCAAAAUUUAAUUACUGAUAACACAGGAAAGAAAGGACCAUUGGGACUACCAGCAGCUUUGAUUUUUGGUAUUGUUGUUGUGCGAUGCGAGGGUGAGUGAGGCCAUUGGGAUUGGGCAGUUGGUGAGAAAUCAUAAAUCUCUUACAAAUGAAGCUAUUAACUCUCUAUUUCUAAAUUACUCGCUUAGAGAAGCAAACAGCAGAUCCAAUAAUUAAAUAAUAAGAUUGAGAAUAAUAGAGCAACAUCAACUGAAUUAGGAGAAAUGGAGAAAAUGAAGGAGGCAAUGGAGAAGAUGAAGAUGCUUGUCGGGCUGGAAGUUGAAGACGAAGAGCCAGCCGCAGCUGAAGAGUCUGCCUCUUUCCUCGACGAUUUCAAUCGCAACUGUACCCUCUCCACCAAACAGAGGCUCUACGGUUUCGCAAUAUGCUUCUUUUCUGGCUUGGCUUGUACUCUUUUGUCAAUGCUGGUGUUUUUCAAUCCAGUUAAGUUUGGGAUUACAUUCACAUUUGGCAAUUUGCUUUCUCUUGGAAGCACAGCAUUUCUUAUAGGCCCCAAGCGUCAAGUGACUAUGAUGCUUGAUCCUGUUCGCAUAUAUGCAACAGCCCUAUUUCUCGCAAGUAUAAUAAUUGCCUUAUUCUGUGCGCUAUACGUUCAUAACAAGCUUUUGACGCUUUUAGCAAUUGUUCUAGAAUUUGGCGCACUGGUUUGGUAUAGUUUGAGCUACAUCCCCUUUGCAAGGUCCAUGGUUUCAAAGGUCAUGUUAGCUUGCUUUGACACUGAAUUUUAGGCUGAUACAUACAAUCAGCACAGAGCUCUGAAAAUUGGAGUGGAGAGCAUAAUCAUAAUUCGGAGUAUAUGUGCGUGCAGAUCUUCUAUGGGUGUAUUCUAGGAAGGUUAGUCCAACCCAAUGUACAAAAUUGAGAAGUGAUUGGUUUAUGUACAAGACACUGAAAUUCAUUUUCACAUUUUAAACAUUGGAGUGUAGACAGGGUAACCAAGUAGAUUCUUAUGAAUUUCACCAGCCUGCCACUCUAAGAAUGGUUGUUAUUCAUGUGAGAGGGAGAAACCCAGUGGCGGCGUCUCUUACCUGUAAUACCUACUAUUCGAACUGUAUGAAAGAAGAAAAUUGCAGGA